CGGCUGUUGCCGGUCACUCUCCUCCCGGUUUUAAAAUCUCCAUUUGCCCGGCUCCAUCUCUAACGAUUCUACGCCCUCUGCUCUCUCGUCUUCCCCUCGCCGGAGCUCUCUCAGUCCUCGCCGACGGAUUUCCCUCAUUUACCCUCCCGUCCAUCGGUUUCCCGACGAGCCACCGGAGCUCCGGAGGAGCUGGCAUUUAGCUGAGCUGCUGACCAUGCCUGUGGCCACUAAGCCCCAGCCGGCGCCUAAGGUCGCCGCCGAGCCGCGACCUGUCCUUGGCCCCACAGGGAACAGAGUGAGGGCUUCCCCUGAAGAGCCCAAGCGCAAGAACGCCAGCCUGACCAAGCCGCGUCAGGUGACGAAGCCGGGCCCGGAGCUGCCGGCGUCAGCCGUACAGAACAAUGUGUCCGUUGACACGGUGUGUUCCUCCGACUCCACGUCCAGCGGGGGCUCCUCCAAGAAGGUGGCGAAGCUGAGCAGGACGACGAAGCGGGUGGGGGCGAAGCCGACGAAAUUGGCCCGUAAUCCUCCCAGAGCUGACGCUGGUGAGGCGACGAGUGAGCCGUCCGGUCCAUUGAAGCGGUGCGAUUGGAUCACUCCGAACUCCGAUCCAGUUUAUGUUUCUUUCCACGAUGAGGAAUGGGGAGCUCCUGUUCACGAUGAUUGGAAGCUGUUCGAGCUACUGGUCUUCUCGCAGGCGCUUGCGGAACUGAGCUGGCCCACAAUACUCCGCAAGAGAGACACGUUCAGGAAGCAUUUCGACAACUUCGAUGCGUCGUUGGUAGCUCAAUAUGAUGAGAAGAAGCUGCUAUCAAUGAAAGUGCAUGGCAGCUUGUUGCUUUCUGAAGCAAAGCUUCGUGCGAUACUCGAGAAUGCUAAAGAGAUAGUAAAGAUUCAAAAGGAGUUUGGUUCCUUCAACAACUACUGCUGGAGCUUCGUGAACCACAAGCCUAUAAGGAACGGGUUCCGCUAUGCUCGCCAAAUCCCAGUGAAGACCCCGAAAGCCGAAGUCAUGAGCAAGAACAUGAUGCAGAGGGGCUUCUGUUGUGUGGGCCCCACCGUCGUGUAUUCGUUCAUGCAGGUUGCCGGAAUCGUUAACGAUCACGUUCUAUGUUGCUUCAGGUUCCAUGAGUGUGGUGCAGCAAUCGAGAAGGAUCUGAAACUGAAGAAUCAGGAACCCGAGAAACAAGACGGGGCUUCAGAGUGAAAUCCCGAGCCGGACUUUGACUCCCGGACUGAACUGAUGAAACUAAUACAAGUAAUAUAGGUUAAGCUGUGAGUUGUGAGUGCAGUCUAGUGUUCAUUGAUUCGUGAUAUUCUUGUUGCUUUCCCACAGGGUCGUAUGCUUGUGUAUCAUAUUAUUUAACCACGAUAUGUAGACUUACUCCGGAACAGCGAGAUCGAUGUGUGUUGUGUCUAGGAUAUUAGAUUGCCGAGCAUUGUGUAUUGUUGGAGAGGAUGUACCAUUCUUGUAGGAAUACAGCCUUUGUCAAUUUGCUUAAGUUGGUCCGCUUAUUAAA